AUGAGUAAACCUGACUCAGCGCUUCGGUACAAUACUUUUUUAUCUGAUCUUCAGUUGCAAUCCAUCCUAUUUUACAAUACCAAGUGUGUACUUCCGCUUCGUGUUCUGGAGGAAGUUCAUGCCCGAGAGCCUGGAGAAGCAGAUGAUUCUACAAAGACUCGCAAUUCCACUGCUGUUCAGGAACCCGUAAUCCCAAAAGAACAGGUAACUGUUGAGGCCCAAACUAGAACACCUGUCCCGUGUCUCACCAUAGACGCCGCAAGCAACCGUCAACAAACUCCCGUGGACCAAGACAGCACCAAUUACACAGUAUCAACAUCUGAAAUUUCCAGCAAAAGCAGACCGGCGUCGUUUGAAUUGUCGUCAAAAGAGGACGUGCUGAAGAUCGUUAAGGAGAUUGCAAACAAAACCCCGUUUCGUCUAUUGGAAUGUAAUAAGACGGGGGAUUCCGAAUCACAGUGUACGACAAACGCAGGUCAGUCCAACACACUGACCAUUGACGAUUUGCCGAUUCCCGAGAACAAAAAGGCCUCUUUCCGUGUCCUCGGUUGGCAGUGGGAUGCAGAUAGCCAGUCUGAAAUGAACAGCAACAUCAACGGUGAUAUGCAGGAAAGGAUUUCUUUGAACUCCUCUCCAAUACCCAUAACCAAUGUGUAUAUGCUUGUCCGGGAAGAUAUCGAAAACUACAUAGAAUUUUUAGUGCAAUAUCACAAUCAACUCUUCGAUGCAAUGGACGAAUUCAUGCGGACUCUGGAUGAACCGGAAAUAUCUGUAAAGGUUAUUCGGGAAUCGGAGACUGAAAGUUCAACAAUUGUAAGUUCGACACUGCAUAAUUCAGUUUUUUAA